GUGUAAUACAUUUUUUUUCGUGUUUGGAGGGAGGAGAACUGAUGGGGUGGGGGUGUAUGGCGGAAUAUAAUUGUCAUUAUUAUUAUUAUUAUCAUUAUUAUUAUUAAAGAUAUAAUCUUAUUGAAAUAAUUAUAUAUAUAAUCAUUGAAUUAUAAUAUGAAUUAAAACUCCAGAUGAAUGAAUGUAUUCCAUCAUUAUUGGAAUUUAUUAAUCAUACUAAUCAAUUAAAUUCUUCAAUAAUUAAUAAUAAUAAUAAUGAUAAAAUUACAAAUUAUAGUCUUAUAAAAUUUGGUACAGAAUUUAGUAAAAUUCAUGGUCCAUUAAGUUUAGCUGUAUGUACAUUUGGUAUACCAGCUAAUUUAGUAAAUAUAAUUAUAUUAACAAGACGUGAAUUAGCACAAACUGCAACAAAUCAUUUAUUAUUAUGGUUAGCUGUUGCUGAUUUAUUAUUAAUGAUAUUAUAUGCACCAUGUUUAUAUCAUUUUUAUAUUAUACAUCCACAUCCAAUGAAAAAUCCAAUAUAUACACCAAGUAAAUUAUGGAUUAUAUAUCAAGAAAUAGUUGUUAGUUUUGCAUUAAUGUUACAUUCAUUAGCAUUAUGGUUAGCUGUAUUAUUAGCAUUAUUUCGUUAUAUACAUGUUGGUUUUCCAAUAUCUGGUACAAUUUAUACAACACGUAAAAGAGCAUUUUUAUCAGCUAUAUUAACAACAUUAUUUUGUAUUAUUGUAUCUAUACCAAAUAUAUUAGUUAAUCAUUCAGAAUCAUGUUUAGGACCAAUAUUAAAUUCUAAAAUAAAUCAUGAUAAUAUAUUUAAUAAUAAUAUACAAAUUUAUUAUUAUAUAACAUCUGAACCAGAUUUUAAUAAUAAACAUUCAUUAAAAUAUAAAAAUAUAACAACAAUUAAACAAUUGAAUCAUGGUUGGAGAACAAUACAAUUACAUAAUUUUAAUGUAUGGUUACAAGCUGUAAUUACAAAAAUUGCACCAACAUUUUUAUUAACUAUAUUAACGAUAUUAUUAAUUAUUGAAUUACAAAAAUCAAUAAAACGUCGUAAAUUAUUAUUUCUAUAUCGUGAUAAAUCAUUAUCUAUAAUACAAUCAACAUCAAUUCCAUUAUAUAAUAAUAAUAAUCAUAAUAAUAAUGAUGAAAGUAAAAAAUUAAAUCGUGAAACACGUACUACAGCAUUAUUAUUAACCAUUGUAUUAUGUUUUUUAGUAAUUGAAUUACCACAAGGUAUUUUAGUAACAUGUAUACAUUUAAUUGAUCAAUUUGAAGAGAAUGUUUAUCAACAUUUAGGUGAUUUAUUAGAUUUUCUAACAUUAUUAAAUGAAUCAAUUAGUUUUAUUAUAUAUACAACAAUGUCAUAUCAAUUUCGUCAAACAUUUUGUCAUAUAUUUUGUCCAUUUUUUAUAAAUAAAUCAAUAAUCUAUCAUGAACAACCAACUAUAAAUACAAUACAAUAUCGUCAACAAUAUCGUAUACAAAAUAAAAUAACAAAACAACAUACAUUAUGUAUACCAAAAGAAAAUAUUAUGAUAUGUGAUUUUAAUGAAAAAAAUAAAGUUAUAAUGAAUGAAUGAAAUAAUUAAUGAAAUGAUACCUUUUAAUGAAUUAAAUCUCAUUUGGAUACAAAUGAAUGAUAGAUGAGGUUGAUGAGGAUGAUAAUGAACUAUUAGUAUUGAGUAUAGAAGUUUACUAUACAUUUCUAUAUAAAUAAAUAAUAAACUAUAAAAAGAACACUAAAUGAAUGAAAUCUUUCAGAGAAAUUAUAAACUAUAUGACAUAGUUCAAAAUUUGUUCAAUUGUUACUAAGACAAUUAUGAAUUGAAAUGUAACAUUUAUCUAUGAUAAUAUUAAAUAUUGUGUAUGCUUUGAAAUUAAUCAAUAAAUACAGAUUAUUGACUAUUUGAAAAUCAUAAAAAUUAAAUUAAAACAAAAAUAAACAAAAACGAAAAAAAGAAAAAAAAACAAAGAAAGUAGUUUGAGUUUAUUUUCUUUUUUUUUGGUAAACAUGUAAUGUUUAAUAUUUCAUAAUAUAUUCAUUGAAAAAAAAUAUUUUGAAAAAUCAAUUAAAAAAGUUUUUUUCUUAUAGACAUACAAAAAAAAUCAUUAUUUAGUUGCUAAGUGAAUAGAUUUAUUUAUAGUCAUAAUCAAAUUAUGAAUAGAAUUUAUAUGAAAUUGGAUUUUAU